UUUUCAUUUUUUUUUUUUUUUUAUUUUGUAAUCAGUGCGAAAAAAAAGAGUGUGUGUCAAAGCGAGAGAGAGAGAGAGAGAAAGAGAAAGAGACAAGGCUUGAACUUAACUCCCAUUCACCAAGUGCAUUAUUCCCUUUUCUAUGACUUUUUCCUUUUUUUCACAAAAAGCUGCGAAAAAAGAGACGAAGCAUCCGUGUUGUAAUCACAUUAUGUAACAAUGAAAAUUUCAUUUUCAGCUGUACGUUUGCAAUAGGAAAAGGACUCGUUAAAAUGAUACAGUCUAGUUGAUAAAGAAAUAGUGGAGAGGAUACAAAAUCAACUGGCAAAACCCAUUCUACUCUUUCUAUCUUAUUCCGAAAGUACAUAGUCCAUCUACCUAAACAGCACAUUUUUUUAAAAAAAAAAGAAGGAUGCGAGGAUUUCAGCAAAUCUGUCACAAGCUGAACACAGCCUUUUUGAAGCCUCAUUUACCAGCCAUAAGCCGGUUUUUGACUGUGGCAACGUUCUACGAAGAUGCCAUACGUAUCUGCUAUCAAUGGCCCCAUCAGACCAAGUACCUCAUGUUGAUGCAUCAUUUGACCCGUCCAGUAGCCAUCACAUUUUUGGUCGCCAAUGUUCUGAUAAUGACAUUCUUUGCUACGUGUAUUAUAUCAAGGAAAAUGAUGGGUGUUUCAGUGUCGGUACUGACGUUAGUGAUGGCGAUUCAAGCAUUCGCUUAUGGUAUUUUAUUUGAUACGUACUUUUUCUUGAGAAAUCUGUCUGUCCUGGGAGGCUUAUUACUCUGUUUAUCAGAGUCCAUCUUGUCACGCACAAAAGUCAGUAACGAUAUCCGAUUAUGGGUCGCCAUGCCUUUACAACAUCCGGGCACCAAAGAAUGCUAUCAAUACAUUCAGCUGGCAGGCCGAACUCUUACUGUCUUGGUAUUUUUUGCGUACCUGUUUAUUGGCGACGGAGGAAAGCACCUCACAAGCAAUGUUUACUUUCGCUUAUUGAUCGCAGCCGUCGGUUUGACAGCGUGCAGCAUGAUUAUCAUUGGAUUCAAAGCGAAAUAUUCCGCUACCAUUCUGUUGUGUAUUUUGUGUCUAGUCAACAUUCUAGCGAAUAAUUGGUGGGAUGGUCGUUAUUCGACUUAUAGAAGAGACUUUUUGCGUUAUGAUUUCUUUCAGUAUCUGAGCAUUAUCGGUGGCCUCAUGACCCUUGUGGCCACGGGUCCAGGCGGGCUUAGCUAUGACGAGCAAAAAAAGAGAAAGCAAUUUUAAAGAAUAAAAAAAUAAAUAGGGAGACGAGAGAAGGAUAUCUAUCAAGACUGCCCAUACUAUCUCACAGUCAAUAAAAAAGCUUUUUUGAAUCUGCUCAUUUAUGAUGUUUUCAGGCACCUACCCCAACGGAGUCCAAUCUCAUCAUAGAUACAUUAUAAAAGCGGGGUUUUAUAGAUGGUGAGCCACAGAUGCACCCACAA